ACACUGAUUUGCAUAAGAAGACGCGGAAGAUAUUAGAGAAUCAUUACUAUUACCAGAGCUAUUUGAUUAUCCCUCUAGAAGGCGCUGUACUGUACCAUUCGUUCCCGAUGCUAUUGAAACCAUCCCGCUAUGUCAGACUUUAUCUUUUAGCUAGCUCGAACUACAACGCCACCCCGGCUUCACGAGUCUGGCGAGGUUGUCACCCCUUUACGAGAUCCUUUUCUUCGCUAUUGGUCAGAAAGCUCACCAUGCAGACGGGAGACGGUUGUUCGGGUAAAUUCAACAUGCCCGAUCGGCUUUUACACCCCAAUGUCAGUAACCUGAGGACUCCGAGUCCUCUCGGAUCGAACGGCGAUGACGACUCCGAGGCAGAGUCUUACCGGGACGGGCGAACCGAGGAGGUGGACAAGGAGACGAGGGACAGGGCGUUCGCUUGGUGCAGAGACUUUCUGUCUGGUUCUUGGAAGACCAUUCCCGAAUCAGACUUUCAAAUCUCCAUCGUAAGUGGCGGGCUGAGUAAUCUCCUUUACAUGUGCAAUCUGCCUGCCCAAGUAGCCACUGUGGCGGAGGAACCACGCCGGGUGCUGCUCCGAGUCUAUGGGGCUAUUCUACAGGGAGUGGACUCACUGGUCUUGGAAAGUGUGAUGUUUGCAAUUCUGGCUGAACGGACUCUUGGACCAAAGUUGUACGGUAUCUUUCCAGAGGGACGUUUAGAAGAGUAUUUGCCGAAUGAUCGCAUGCGCACAGAGGAGCUCUACGACCCCUCCAUUUCCUCGGAGAUUGCUUGUAAGGUGGCUCGUUUCCACAAAAUGCAAAUGCCCUUUAAUAAAGAGCCAAAAUGGCUUUUUGGAACGAUUGAUCGGUACAUGGAUCAAGUUCUGGAACUCAAGUUUACACGGGAAGCACACGUCAAGAAGUACAAUAAGCUGAUGCAGUUCAACCUGCCAGCCGAGCUGGAUAGUCUCCGACAGCUGCUGGCAGCAACACCCUCUCCUGUGGUCUUCUGUCAUAAUGACGUAACGGAAGGGAACAUCCUGAAGCUGGAAGGCCGGGACCCCUCGUCUACUGAGAGACUCAUGCUCAUAGACUUUGAGUACAGCAGUUACAACUACAGGGGCUUUGACUUUGGAAACCACUUUUGCGAGUGGAUGUACAACUACACCUAUAACGAGUGGCCCUUCUACAGGGCCAGUGCGGAGAGCUACCCCACCCGCGAGCAGCAGCUUCAUUUUAUUCGUAACUACCUGGCGGAGUACCGAACAUUCUCUGACAGCACUUCACAGGAGGACAAGACACAAGAGGAGGAGGCCAUGCUGAUUGAAGCCAACAGGUACGCACUUGCAUCUCAUUUUCUCUGGGGCCUGUGGUCCAUCAUCCAGGCCAAGAUAUCUAAGAUAGAGUUUGGAUAUAUGGACUAUGCUUAUUGCCGAUUCGAGGCCUACUUCAAGCAGAAAAAGCUUUUUUCCUGAACAGCCUGUCCCAGUGAAACAGGAAUUCCUUUUAUUUAGAUCUUCACAUCUUCAUAUAAUGCUGGCUUGUUACAGUAUAAUUUCCUGUUGCCUGAUAUGAGCCAUUUCAGUUUUAGAGUUUAGAACGUGGAAAAUGUAGAAUAAAUGUAAAAUUGCCAUGUUUGGCUUUACAUAGUUUUACUUUAUGUAUAAUUCAUUGCUUUUUAUAUUUUUAUUUGAGGGUCCAAUUUCAUCUCACUUAACUUAUGUUUCUGAGAAGAUGCAACACACAAUUAUGUCAGUUGAAAAUCGUAAAAUCGUUCCUGUACUUGUUUGUGGCAUAAUCAUGCAGAUAGGGAUACCUGAAACAAUACAUAUACAUAUGUUUUGACAUGUAUGUAUUAAUAUUCAACUGGACAACUUCUUUAUUUGUAAGUCUUUACUUAACAAUUCCACCUCUUUUACUAAUAGAUACUGUAGGGCCUAACCCAUAUGUGAGAUGAUGGCAAUGAUUCUCAUUUUGGAUCUGAAAUUGUGUAUAUUCCAUGACGCACUGUCUAACAUUAAAUAAAACACCUACUUAAGGAUGAAUGUAAA